AUGUCAAUAUUGACACAAAAGAAUGGGAAACGUUUAUCUAGAACGAUAGACUAUAAUGAAAUACAGUUUGAUAAUCAAGUUGGCUCAGGUGGAUUCGGCAAGGUGUUUGCCGGCUACCUCAAUGGUCGAAAGAUUGGCAUCAAGAAGAUAACCAUCUACGAGAAUGAUCCAAACAAAGACACGUUGCUCAAGUUUAUCGAACGCGAGACUGUGACACUCAAGAUGUUCUCACAUCCCAAUGUCAUACAGUAUUAUGGCAUCGCAGAGAAGGAGCGAUCAUUCUUUCUGCUGACCGAGUUGGUGUCGGGUGGCGAUCUGCACUGGUACAUCAAGAAUCCGCAGGUCAAGAUAUCCUGGCGUCUCAAACUGAUGAUCGCCAAAGACAUCGCCGCUUCCAUGGUCUAUCUACACAACAACAAUGUCAUUCAUCGUGACCUCAAGUCUACCAACCUCCUGGUGGCCGAGAACUGGGUGAUCAAAGUGUGCGACUUUGGUCUGGCGCGAAAGAUUGACUUGGCCGCACAGUCUCAGAUGACGAUAUGUGGAACGGAUGAUUGGAUGGCACCAGAGGUGCUGUUGGGCGACCCCUAUGAUAAGUCUUGCGAUGUGUUCUCAUUUGGCGUAGUGUUGAUCGAGCUGAUAACCAGGCUGAAACUGACGCCAAGGGUCAGGAACGAAAAUCUGGGAAUCGAUCAGACGUACGUCGUCUCCAAGACGCCCAAGGACUGCCCCAAGGAGUUCCUCGACCUAGUAUUCCACUGCUGUCGCGAGCGACCACAACUGCGACCCACAUUCACACAGAUCGAGCAAUUGAUCACAUAUCUGCUGGACACGCUGACGGACUUGGGUGAUGUUGACUAUCCGCCCCUGAGGAGCUUCGAGCCGCCUCAGCUCACAAUGUCACAGAUUGCCAAGAACAACAACAAUAACAAUAGCAUAAGUGGCAGCAAUCAGUCAUUCCCGCGACCCUAUGUAUCGACCGAAAAGAAGCGGGCAGGAUCAAUAUCAUCAUCAAAGACAGACUCAUUCCCGCGACCUUACCAGGGGUCCAACUACCGACCGCCAACUCCCCAGCAACUGGUACAGCAACAACAACAACAGGCACCAACUUUAAACGAAUCAGUCUCUUCAACUCCGUCCAACUUCUCAUUCCCUCGACCCUAUCAACCAAGCGAUGACACUAGUGACUCGUCCAGCUUCUCAUUCCCGCGACCCUAUCAACCAAGCGAAGGCGAUUCAGGCUCACCUGCACAGACCAACAACACAGACUUUAUGCAUAUGGAUGACCCUGAGCAACAGCCACCACAAGAGUAUGAGUACGAUUACAACUCUGUUGGCGGCGAGGAUGAAUAUCAGCAACUACAACAACAGCAAGAGUAUAAUCCGGAUGAUUAUCAAUACUCAGAGGAAGAGGAUACCGUUGUCAACUUUUAUGACUCUGAAUUGUUGUCAUUCCCUCGACCAUACCAGCCUGAGGGUGAGAGUGACGACCCUGUCUCGACAAGUCCACUGCUCAAGCAUCCAGAUUAUAGCUUUCCAAGACCUUGGAGUCCCGAGUAUGACCCUCCACUUCCAGCGGCCAGCUCACCCCCACCACGCAUGGACCUGGCAACACAACCUACCACAUCAUCCUCCUCCUCUUCACCACAACCACAAGUAAUCAAUGUCCAGCCCAACCCAUCACCAGCAGCAGCGGCAGCGGCAGCAGCGUUAACCAACAUGGUGGAUGAGCGAAAGAACACCUUCAGGCUUAACAUCACCAAUAGCACUGGACCAUCACCCAAUGUGCUCUCCAGCCCAUCGACACCCAAAGCAACCAACCCGACAACACCAAAGAGCAAACGAUCAUCAACAACUGUAACACCAAUCACCUCGUCACCACCGAUCUCGCCACAAAAGGCACAUAUCUCAGUGCAGGACCGUAUCAAGAAGCUGCUCACGACAAAGAAGGGUGGCAGUGGAGGUGGCGGCAGCAGCACCAAACUUGGCAGUGGCAGCAGCAGUCAUUUGGAAUCACCAACACUGAACCGAAAGACACUCAACACCAAGGAGAUCAUCCAGAAAUUCGAGGAGAUCACCAAGUCGUCCAACAACUCGAGCAGCAGUUCUGCUGGCGGAGGUGGAUGGAAGUUUGGAUCAAAGCAGUCCUUUGAUGCUCCAGUUGAUACAUCUGCGACACCCAAGGUGAUCGAGUUGUCAAAGAGAAGGAAGUAA